UAACCAGUUUGUUUAUAACUGCAAGCAUCAGUUAGCUCGCCCAGUUCAACAACUCCGGUUGUGUGCAGAAAAAUGUUCAAAUUUAUACUUUUAUUUGCACUCUUGUUUAUAACUGUACAUGCAAAGCAAUGCGAAGAUUGCAUAGCGUACACCAAAUGUCCGCGCGCUGCUGAGCAAGCGAAGCGCAAUGAAAGCGCUGAGACAUUCAAAAAUGCCUUCUGCGGGUUCGACACCUCACAAAAUAACAAGAUUCCGAAGAUGUGUUGCUCCGCCUUCGAUCCAGUCACCACCCUCAAUCGUGUGAAUCUAGAAAGCCACCCCAACGUUGGUCUCCUCCCGGAAAACUGCGGAGACAUCAACGGGCGGCGCAUCGUCGGCGGAACCACCGCCAACCUCUACGAGUUCCCCUGGAUGGCUCUCAUCUCUCACAGAACACGUUACGGUCUCCACUUCAAAUGCGGCGGCAGCAUCAUCAACUCGAGGUACAUUCUGACGGCGGCCCAUUGCGUCCAGAACAAGCAGAUAGCUGGCGUCAGAAUCGGCGAGCUCGAUCUCCGCUACGCGACCGACUGUCAGGGCACGGGAGAAACUUACGUCUGCGAAUCACAUCUCCAGGAUAUGCUGGUCGAAGAAGAUAUUGUGCAUGAAGGUUACCUGGGAUUACCGACUGUACUGAACGACAUUGCUCUUCUUCGCCUCAAAAAGCCAAUAGACUUCUCGUACAAAAACGCAGCUCCCAUUUGUCUGCCCGUAUCGUCUGCAAUGCGCAAUGUAUCUUUGGGCGGCAGAAAGGCAACAGUAGCCGGGUGGGGAUUGACAGAAAACAACGAAGAUUCAUCGGUUCUGUUGAAAGUUGACAUUCCAAUUUUAAGGGGAGACGACUGCCGGAAGAAGUAUAAUAGUGGAUCAUCAAAGGACAGAACAGAGAACCAGCUUUGUGCUGGUGAGCUGAGGAAGGACUCCUGUAACGGUGACUCGGGAGGUCCCCUCAUGUUGGAGAAUGACUACCAGGGGGCUUACAGGAUCGUGCAGUACGGCAUCGUCUCCCAUGGACCCAAACAGUGCGGCUCCGAGUACCCAGGGAUCUACACUGAUGUAACCAAGUUCAUGGACUGGAUAUUAAACAAAAUCAAAGAGUAACCAGCAACGACUGUAGUUAAAAGGUUCCAGUUG